UCGCGCGUUGAACGGAUUCCGAAUAAUUUCGAAGAGAUUCGCGAGCCACAGCGUCGUUGUCAAGCGAUCGAAUAUAGAAUCGAGCAGACGAGUCCGUCCGUGAAGGCUUGACGAGAUGUCCGUCAUGGGAAAGCCGGUACUUUACUCCUAUUGGCGGAGCUCUUGCUCGUGGAGAGUGCGAAUCGCACUAAACUUGAAAGAAAUUCCAUAUGACAUAAAACCAGUGAGUUUGAUUAAGGGCGGUGGAGAACAACAUUCCAAUGAGUUUCGUGAGAUUAACCCAAUGGAGCAGGUGCCUGCACUUCAUAUUGACAAUCAUACAUUAAUAGAGUCUUUGAAUAUCUUGCAAUAUUUGGAAGAGACUAGACCACAUCGACCUUUAAUGCCUGCGGAUCCUGUGAAAAGAGCCAGAGUCAGAGAAAUUUGUGAAGUGAUCGCUAGUGGUAUUCAACCUUUGCAAAAUUUGGUUGUGUUGAUCUAUGUUGGAGAGGAACGUAAAAAAGAGUGGGCACAACACUGGAUUACCAGAGGAUUAACAGCUGUAGAAAAAUUACUUUCGUCGAGUGCAGGAAAAUACUGUGUGGGCGAUGAGAUCACAUUAGCAGACUGUUGUUUGAUACCACAGAUAUUUAAUGCGAGGAGGUUUCUUGUUGAUCUCAGACCUUUCCCAACUAUUUUGAGGGUAGAUCGUCACUUAGAAAAUCAUCCAGCAUUUACUGCUGCUCACCCAAAUAAUCAGCCUGAUUGUCCUCCAGAGGCGACCAAGUAGCAAGCAAGGCAGA